GCCUCAGGUUCUUGAAGAGGCAAUGGAUGAUGUACUUCUUAGAGAACCUCAAUAUAACUACAAUGUAAGUGUUUAGGUGCUUCCUUAAUUUGGAAAAAACCCUCAACGGAGGAACCCUGGCCAGUGCGGCGCCUGCAUAUUGAGUGCGCCCAAGAAAACGAAUUUCCUCCCGUAGAGCGUGGGUUAGCGGCCGCGUUAGGCAGCACAACCGUUCUGGAGACUGGGGGCUCGGCAGCCCAGCAGCGAGAGCGGGGUGGGGCGCGAGGUCCAUACUCGUGUAUCCGUUCCUUCCCUCCCGCCCAGCCGCGCUCCGCUCCCAUCUGCCUGUGGGAAAGAGAAUCUCCGGGCACGCGAGCACGCGCACUCGAGGCCUCAACCCUCGGCUCCGCGUUGGCCGCCCGGGAUGGAGUCUUCUGGGAACGGUUCUCCCACCACCCCCAUCGACAGACUUCCGGCCGGCAGCUCCGCUGCCCCGCCCCCUGAGGAUUCACCGAUCACAGUGCGCAUGUGGCUUGAGUGGGUGGGGCCUGAGAGAUUCGAAAGGAGCCCCGCCCCCUCGGAGCUGAUUCCCGGGACUAGGUUGCGGGAGAAAGCCUGUUGCGUGGAAGAUAAGGCGGCGCGGGAAGUGGAAACAGGGUGGGCUGGAGCUCAGAUCUAACUGGACUCUCGCUCCUGCUGGCUGGACAUGGAGGAUUUAGAGGAAGAUGUAAGGUUUAUUGUGGAUGAGACCUUGGACUUUGGGGGGCUGUCACCAUCUGACAGCCGUGAGGAGGAAGACAUAACAGUGUUGGUGACUCCAGAGAAACCACUUCGACGGGGCCUCUCCCACCGAAGUGACCCAAAUGCUGUGGCUCCUGCCCCCCAGGGUGUGAGGCUCAGCCUAGGCCCCCUCAGCCCAGAGAAACUGGAGGAGAUCCUCGAUGAGGCCAACCGGCUGGCCGCCCAGCUGGAGCAGUGUGCCCUGCAGGAGCGGGAGAGCGCAAGCGAGGGCCUGGGGCCUCGCCGAGUGAAGCCCAGUCCUCGGCGGGAGACCUUUGUGCUGAAGGACAGUCCUGUCAGAGACCUGCUGCCGACUGUGAACUCUUUGGCUCGGAGUACCCCCUCCCCAAGCAGCCUGACACCUCGACUCCGGAGCAGUGAUAGGAAGGGGUCAGUCAGGGCUCUCCGGACAACAUCUGGAAAGAGGCCCUCCAACAUGAAGAGGGAGUCACCCACUUGCAAUCUGUUCCCUGCAUCCAAAAGCCCAGCAUCUUCUCCUCUUACCCGAUCGACUCCCCCAGUCCGGGGGAGAGCCGGUCCCAGUGGGAGAGCAGCAGCCAGCCCACCCGCCCCCGUCAGAUCAGUCCUGGCCCCACAGCCUUCUGCCAGCAACUCUCAACGCCUGCCCCGGCCACAGGGAGCAGCUGCUAAAUCUUCCAGUCAACUGCCCAUUCCCUCAGCCAUCCCCAGGCCUGCCAGCCGAAUGCCACUCACCAGCCGGAGUGUGCCACCUGGCAGAGGUGCCCUACCUCCGGAUUCUGUGUCUACUCGAAAAGGGCUUCCAAGACCAACCGCUGCAGGACACAGAGUGCGGGAAAGUGGACACAAGGUUCCUGUUUCCCAGCGACCAAAUCUUCCUGUCAUGGGUGCCACUCGCAGCAAUCUGCAGCCCCCCAGGAAAGUGGCAGUCCCAGGACCUACCAGGUAAAGAGAUCAGGACAGCAAGCAAGACUUCAGUAGCAAACCACUACAGUCAGUACCUGGACUUGCCUCUACCCGGCAGACCCUGACUCCAGCAGAUUCUGGCCCAGGGACAGGAGGAGGAGAUGCCACCAGGGCUGGUCUCCCAGGAGGAGAGACCAUGGGAAAUGGGGUGGAUUAGGAUUGAGCUGGAGAAGUCUUAAACUCUCUGGGUUGAAAGAAGAUUAGGGGAAAAGAGGUCACCUUCCAGCAGUGAAAUGAACAAACAGAAAAUGAGAAGUACAGGCCAGUGGUUUGUCUUUAUCCACCCCCACAGUUGUGGUCAGCCCCAGAGAAUUUGAUCUUCCUCCCCAGCAUUGGUUCACUGGACAUUUCCAUAUGCGUGGCCUCUGUCGCUAACCUCCCUGCCCUCUGAGGAGCCGUCUUCCUGAAUUGCAUUCUCUACUGGACUCCGGCCUGCUUGGAGAGGUGGCAGCAGGCACCUGGACUUCAGAAAUUGUUUCCUGUGAAUUCUGUGACUCCUAAUAGGCCAGUUUGUGAUAAGCUUACUCUAUGAGUCUUCAUUUUUCUAAAAUAAAGUGAACGUAUUUUUAUAUUCUCUGUA